UGGUAGCGGCAAGUCUGUGUUUGAUCGCCAGAGACGGCUACAUGGAUUCAUUCUUGGGACGAACACUCACUCUUUGUGGAGUGAUCAAUUUCCCAUUGCUGAGCUCUCAGAUAGGGUUUCCCAAGUGAUAUGCUCAUGACUCGCCGUAUUGGUAUGGAGGGCAUGGAAAAAUUUAUUCAGAUCGUUGCCUCGCGUCUUAUGUGUGUCAGCCGCACUACGGAAUUGGUUGGGGCCGAGCAUCAGGUUACUGUGGGGAGGGUUGCUGAAUUAGAGAAGCUAUUGAAGGAAAAGGAUGUUGCUAUGGAGAAAGUUCUGAAGGAGAAGGAUGAUGUGAUAACGAAGAUGAAGUUGUCUGAAGACGAGGUUACCCGUCUCAGAAACCAGAUCCGACUCCUGCAGUCUGAGAUUAAGGAUAGUGAUUUGGCUAAAGGGCAGUUGACUUCCCGAGUUCAUGAAUUAGAAGAGUUGGGCAUAGAAAUGUUUGCUUCUGGUUUUGACCGGGCCGUUAGUCAGAUUGUGGCCUUGGCACCUGAGUUUGAUUGUUCUCGGCUAGACGUGACAAAAGUCGUAAUUGAUGGGAAGUUGGUGGUGGACGGUACGGUGGAGGAUCAUGACGAGAACGUCCCUCCUACCUGAUAUGCUUGUCUUUUUAGACAUGUUUUGUUUUUUGUUUGUAAUGCUAACUUUUGUUUUACCGAGCUAUAGUCGGUUUGAUCCUUUUGUGAACACUUGGUGCUGUUUUUACUUAAGUUAUGCGUUGA